UGACUUGAUUUGUCUGCACAGACCUUUGACCCUUUUGUCUUCAUCCUAGAACAGAAAUUGAAAUACCUAAGCUGCUCCAAGCUCCUGUUUUUUGUUUCACAAAUCCUUUCCCACUGAACUUCAACCCCUGCCAAUUCUCCCUUUGUACUGUGGCUCUCAUACGUCCCUUUCCAUUCACACUGCCUCGAGAUGCUCAUCGUUUUGUGCCUAAGCCACAGAAACUUCUGAAUGUGAUGGAUGUUCCUACCAGAGGACAAGUCAUACAAUGGUGGAGGAAUAGGUUCUUCAAAUAGGAUGAUGGACUUCUUGGAGGAGCCAAUCCCUGGUGUGGGGACCUAUGAUGAUUUCAAUACAAUUGACUGGGUGAGAGAGAAGUCUCGAGACCGGGAUAGGCACCGAGAGAUUACCAAUAAAAGCAAGGAGUCAACAUGGGCCUUAAUUCACAGUGUGAGCGAUGCUUUUUCUGGCUGGUUGUUGAUGCUACUUAUUGGGCUUUUAUCAGGUUCCCUUGCUGGCUUGAUAGACAUCUCUGCUCACUGGAUGACAGAUUUAAAAGAAGGUAUAUGCACAGGGGGAAUCUGGUUUAACCAUGAACACUGUUGCUGGAACUCCCAGCACGUCACCUUUGAAGACAGAGACAAAUGCCCAGAGUGGAAUAGCUGGUCCCAGCUUAUCAUCAGCACGAAUGAGGGAGCCUUUGCUUACAUAGUCAAUUACUUCACGUAUGUCCUCUGGGCUCUCCUAUUUGCCUUCCUUGCCGUAUCUCUUGUCAAGGUGUUCGCACCGUACGCCUGUGGCUCCGGAAUCCCUGAGAUAAAAACUAUCUUGAGUGGUUUCAUUAUUAGGGGCUAUUUGGGUAAGUGGACCCUGAUUAUCAAAACCAUAACACUGGUGCUGGCAGUGUCAUCUGGCCUGAGCUUGGGCAAAGAGGGCCCCCUAGUGCACGUGGCUUGCUGCUGUGGGAACAUCCUGUGCCACUGCUUCAACAAAUACAGGAAGAAUGAAGCCAAACGCAGAGAGGUCUUGUCAGCUGCAGCUGCAGCCGGUGUAUCUGUAGCCUUUGGGGCACCUAUUGGCGGAGUAUUAUUCAGCCUAGAAGAGGUCAGCUACUACUUUCCCCUCAAAACACUGUGGCGUUCGUUUUUUGCUGCUUUAGUGGCAGCAUUCACUCUACGCUCCAUCAAUCCGUUUGGGAACAGCCGCCUGGUUCUAUUUUAUGUGGAGUUUCACACCCCAUGGCAUCUCUUUGAGCUCGUGCCCUUCAUUCUGUUGGGCAUAUUUGGUGGUCUGUGGGGAGCUUUGUUUAUCCGCACCAAUAUUGCCUGGUGUCGGAAGCGUAAGACCACCCAGUUGGGCAAGUAUCCUGUCAUAGAGGUACUCGUCAUGACGGCCAUCACUGCCAUCCUGGCUUUCCCCAAUGAGUACACCCGUAUGAGCACAAGUGAGCUCAUUUCUGAGCUGUUCAAUGACUGUGGCCUUCUGGACUCCUCUAAGCUCUGUGAUUAUGAGAACCGUUUCAACACAAGCAAGGCGGGUGAGCUGCCCGACAGACCAGCUGGUGUGGGAGUCUACAGUGCAAUGUGGCAGCUGGCCUUGACACUCAUACUGAAAAUUGUCAUCACUAUAUUCACUUUUGGCAUGAAGAUCCCUUCCGGCCUCUUUAUCCCUAGCAUGGCUGUUGGUGCUAUAGCGGGUCGGCUUUUGGGAGUAGGGAUGGAACAGCUGGCUUAUUACCACCAUGACUGGGCCAUCUUCAAUAGCUGGUGCAGUCAAGGAGCGGAUUGUAUCACCCCUGGCCUUUAUGCGAUGGUUGGGGCUGCAGCCUGCUUGGGCGGGGUGACUCGGAUGACUGUUUCUCUUGUUGUCAUAAUGUUUGAACUAACUGGUGGCUUGGAAUACAUUGUGCCUCUGAUGGCCGCAGCCAUGACAAGCAAGUGGGUGGCAGAUGCUCUUGGGCGGGAGGGCAUCUAUGAUGCCCACAUCCGUCUCAAUGGAUACCCCUUUCUUGAAGCCAAAGAAGAGUUUGCUCACAAGACCCUGGCAAUGGAUGUGAUGAAACCCCGGAGAAACGAUCCUUUGUUGACUGUCCUUACUCAGGACAGUAUGACCGUGGAAGACGUAGAGACCAUAAUCAGUGAAACUACUUACAGUGGCUUCCCAGUUGUGGUGUCCCGGGAGUCCCAAAGACUUGUGGGUUUUGUCCUCCGAAGAGACCUCAUUAUUUCAAUUGAAAAUGCUCGAAAAAAACAGGAUGGAGUUGUGAGCACUUCUGUCAUUUAUUUCACUGAGCAUUCUCCUCCAGUGCCACCAUACACCCCACCUACCCUCAAGCUUCGGAACAUCCUGGAUCUCAGCCCCUUCACUGUGACUGACCUUACACCCAUGGAGAUCGUGGUAGAUAUCUUCCGCAAGCUGGGACUGCGGCAGUGCCUGGUUACACACAAUGGGCGAUUGCUUGGAAUCAUUACCAAAAAGGAUGUGCUAAAGCAUAUAGCACAGAUGGCGAACCAAGAUCCUGAUUCCAUUCUCUUCAACUAGAAUCACAGGGUUGUACUGGAUAUAAAACAGGAAGAACAUUGCAGACCAUGGAUAUAUUUUAUUAACUGGGUACCCAAAAAACAUUUCCCUCAUUUGGAUGGUGAAGUUAUAUUUGUGUGUUGUCUCUUUCCUACAAGUUAACCAGUUGCACUACAUAAUCUCUGGAAAUUAGUCUUCUCUUUAGGAGACAAUUCAGUUAGGCUUCUGUGAUAUUGCAUUAGGAAGAUUUCAUGAAAGAGUAAACAAGAUUGCUAUGGUUUAAUUCUUUUUCUUUCUUUUUCUAAAGAUUUUUUAAAAUUUAAAACAUAAGUAUUAGCCAAUAUGCAAUCACUGAAAACUAUGCAAGAAAAAUUCCAACCGUCCUGCAGGAAGCUCAUGAAAAAGUCACUUUUUUGGACUCUGUCAUUGGUGGAAGAUGAAGUGUAAACCAGGGAGUUUGCUUUUCCAACCACAGAAAGGAAAGCCAGAAGGAAAAUAGUAAUGGUAUUUUCCAGACUGUGAAUUCAGUUCAAAUGUUAUCUUGUUCUUGUUACAAUAUUUAGCAUUAUUAGUUUAUGUGUGUGUAUGUGUAUGUUAAUUUUAAUAUCUGAUUAUAAGACAAUGCUGCUUUGGUUAAUCUCCUCUAAAUGAAUGUA